AUGCCACCGCAGAUACUGCCGAUACUGGGAAGCAGUGGUAGCACCAGCACGAAGAUGCAGUCCCGCGAUCAUCCCUUCAACCGGUCCACCCGGCCGCUGCUGGAACGCCGCGCCCAGCCUCAGGUGGUGAGCACCAAGAAACCGUUCCACUACGGUGCCGGUUCCGGUGCGGCCGGGCAGCCACCAAAGGUGCCAACCCGUGGCUAUAACGACUUUAACCUGAUCAGUCGUCAGUACGACGCGUGGAACUCGAACCAUUCGCACAAGGGCUACCCGUACGGUAGUCCACCGUCGCCGACACACGACGUCGUCGGGCACGACUUCCAGUUCUCGGACAUUGAGGGACCGCAGCGGGCCCAACAUCAUCAGCGCACCGUGCAUCAGUACACGGUAAACAGCAACAACAGCGACGACGAUGACGACUACGACGAGCUGGUGUACCAUCACAAUCAGCUUAAUGUCGCGUCGAACGGUGCCGUACUGAAGGUGGCCAAUCAGCAGCUACGCCGGCGGCUGCUGGAUGCCGCUUCGCCGACACCUCCAAUACCACCGCAGCGGACGGUGCAUAAGACACCGCCACCACCGCCCCGCAGGACGGAAUCACCACCGACCGGCGGUGGACCGGUUGCCGAUCUCGAUGGACCGUUCGUGUUCGGUGUACAUCAUCCCAACACCUUCACGCCAGCGUACGGCAAUAAGGCGACACUGUACGGCACGGGUACGACGGCUAUAGGCGGCAAGGAUGCAAAGGAUGCGCUUCAUUCCAGCCCCGACUCGAGCCAGCACAGCAGCGAUACCAGCUCGAGCGAGAAAUCACGACGCGCACUGGUGAAGGAAAAGAAAAACUCGAAACGAUCGAAAAUCGAAAAAAAGGAAAAAUCGAAACAAAAGCAUGAAAAACGAACGUCCGAAGCGAACACAUCGCCGAACGUGAAGUGUGUCCUCGUGGGAGACGGUGCUGUCGGUAAAACCAACCUAAUACUCUCCUACAUACAGGACCGCUUCACACACGAAUACGUACCGACGGCAUUCGAUAAGUACAAUGUGGACGUCAGCGUGGAUGGACGACCGAUCGGUGUGACGCUGUGCGAUACAGCAGGACAGGACGCGCUCGACACACUGCGGCAACUAUGCUAUCCCGGUUCCGACGUCAUCCUGCUCUGCUUCUCCGUCGUCCAGCCGGUCAGCUUCCGCUCUCUGGCCACCAAAUGGCAACCGGAAAUCAGCAAGCUGAAGGGCGUCUCGGUGGUGCUGGUCGGGACGCAAUCAGAUCUACGGAACGAUCAGAAUACGAUCAGCAAGCUACAAGCUCAGGGCGAGAAACCAAUCCUGUUCUCAUCUGCAUGGGACUUUGCCCGAAAGAUAGGCGCUAAAUACAUUGAAACAUCGUCACACAAGAAGGAACACAUUAAGGAGGUUUUCGAUACAGCCAUCUGGGACGCACUGCAAUCACAGGAGUACAGCAAACGGAAGCGGCCACUGUGGAAGCGAUUAUGCUGUGUGACCUGCUGA